CUUGGCUGACCGUCGAUUGAAGUCCGUGAACCGCAGCAAACGUGACGAAAAUGGAACCAAAGGUAUCGAUUGCGUCACUUUUACUACUGCUAUCUGCAAUUAAGGCGGUGGAGAAUCAACCAAACACCCAUAACUACGAAAGUCUUUCCACUCAAAAAAGAACACCUUCGAGUAAUGAGCAGUGCGAAGACUACAACGAUAUUUCCAGUUGGAUGAAAGAGCAGUUGAAUCUUAAUUCCCGAUUGAGACACUUUCAGAGAGAUCUGGAUUUCAUUCUUAGUUCCCUUAAUAAAACGACUUCUCCAAAGAUGUGCUACUUCUAUGAGGAAAACACCCUAAAAUUAGUCAUUAAUCAACUUAAUGCAAUCCAAGGAGGCAGUGGAACGCAAAUAGGCCAGCUUGAAUCCAACGGAGAUCUGGAAAGUAGCCUAGAAAUUAUUUUACCACAGAUAAGAAAUUUAGUACCGAAGGGCAUUCAAAGCUGCUGUGAAAACUUCGGAAAAUUUAUUAAAAAAAUAAAAGAUGAUCUCGGAAAAAGAGUGAAGGCUCUGAAAAGAAAACUAAAAGAAGUUCACUCAGGAAACUCCAAGGAGAACGACGCGCUUCAGAAGAAACUAAAAGACCUGGAGAAUCAAAUAGAAGAAACAAAACGAAGCCUAGAAAUGUUGCAAAAACAAAUGGGUGACAAUGAUGAAAAUACUAAAUGCUGUUCUAAACUGGGUGAAGAAAUUCAAGAUUUGGACAAUAAGCUAAGGACGAUGAAAAGUGAAGCAGUUGAAAAAACUCAUAAGCUGGACAAUCAGCUAAAAAAUCUGAAAGAUAAACAAGGGAACGGAGAUGAAAUUAUAACCAUUAUUAAGCAAAAUAUAGAAGAUGGUGCCGAAAAUAUCAAAAAUAUUCUUAGCCAAUGCGACAAAAAUUGUGUAAAUAAAAACAGUUCCGAAGACAAAAACUUGGGAAAUAAAUACCUUUUUGAUUUGGAAAAGAAAACCGAAAACUUACAGAUGCUUGUGGAAACCCUUUCCAAGAAGUUUGGCGAUUUGGACAUCCAAGGAUCAACCAACUUAAGUGUAACACUUAAUACAUGUCUGGAAAAUGGCGAAACGUUUUCCAAAAUCCAAUCUCAUCUUCAAUAUUUGGAAAAGCAAAGAAAUGAAAUUUGUUCAGAGGGAUCGCCAGGAGGUUCUGGAAGUGGGGUUUCAGUAGCUAAACCAAAUUGCUCUUCUAUUGAAAGGCUGAAAAAACAUUUUAAGGAGCUACAGAAAGAAGGUGAAACUUUACGUAGGGAUCUGAAAAAAUUCUCAAAGUGCUGUGAAAAAAUAGACGAUCUUAACCUGCAAGUUGCUAGAUUGGAAAGUUUGCUUAAGGAAAUGAACCAAACGUAUAAUGAUCACCUUAAAGAUAACUCAAAUCAAAUUGAUGCCAUAAGAAAAAGCAUGGAUGAUUCUUUGAAAAAGUUGGGCACCAAUAAUCAACAACAAAAUAGUGAAGAUCUUCAGGAGCAAAUGAGUGACCUCAAGAAAGUGCUAGACCAAGCUAGGAUCAAGUUUGAAAUUCUAAAGGAUCGACAAGAUAGGUUGUUAAUAAAAAAGGAACUCACGGAAAAUUCAACAUACUCUCCUGAUGAGUUCGCAGGUCUGAAAAAGGAUUUCGAAGAGUUUAAUAAAGAUGUUGACGGAAAGUUAAAGGACUUAGACCUUCUAAAGAAAAAAAAGAAGGACGCCAUGGCACCACUACAGAAAUUCAAAAAUGAAGUUAGUCAAGAUCUAGAUAAAAUAAAGAAGAGACUUUCAGGCUCCGACGACCUAGGUAAACAGGUGAAGGAUCAGAUAGAAGAUCAAAAAAAGCAAGCGAAUCUUAUGCUUGAUUGCAAGAAUAGGUGCAUGAAUAUAGACAAAAUGGAUGAUCUCAUAGAUCGAGUCGAGGACAUGGAAAAGCUUGUCAACAUGAAGAAAUCAAGAACGAGACGUUGGAAACGAAAAUAUGUUUGAUUUUUUCUUAAAAUAUGAUCUACUUUUAAAUUUACAUUUUUUGGAAC